UAACCAAAAAACAACGUAAGCUGACACGAAAGCCAUCAUUAAUUCUCGUUAAAAGAAAAACUACCAUUUUCUUCUUCUUCUUCGCUGCUUCUGAUUCUGAUUCUUUGUGAUCCCAAUCUGAUUCUCUUUUUUUUUUUCUUCUUCCAAUUUCUAACUUCCUUUCACCUUCAUCAACUCAAUCUUCAAUUCCAAGCCUCAAAUUGUUCAGUACACUACCACCCCUCAAGAGAUUUUGCAUUUUCUGUAGAUGUUAUGUGCUCCCUGUCUCUUUUGAAAAUCGUGGAUGAUCUAAGAUUAUGAAGAAUAGAUGAAGAAGUGAUGGCCACAGCAGAAGUGAGAGCUGCAUGGCAGAGAGCUGUUAAUCGUUGUUUUGUCCAAGAAGAUGCAAAAAGAGCCCCUAAGUUGGCUUGUUGUCAAUCUUCAUGUGCAACAUCAAAAUUGUUUGAUGCUGGAGCAGCCAGUGCUGCUGAUGAAUAUGAUCAUGCUGCUGCUAGUGUCACCCAUUUUAACCAGAAAUCUUCAUUUUCCAAUGUGAUUCCUGAUUCAAGAUGGUGGUUGUUGCAAUUGCAAGCUAACUAUGAAUUUCAAAAAGGUUUAACAUAUGAACAGUUAAAUGCGUUAGAGGAUGAGGUUGAAAAUUUGAAUGUUCGUAAUGAACAGAAAACAUGUAAAGGAGAUGCUAAUCACUUUGGUGAUGAGAACCAUGAGUAUAUUUCUUCCAUGGAAGGAAUGCAAGAGGUUUAUAGUAAAAAUUCUAAAGCAUAUCGUCAACCAAUGGAUAUGAUUGCUAAACAUGAGACUAUGAAGAUUGAUUCUGUUGGCUGUACAAUGUCCAAGCAUACAAAUGAUUUCUUCUUUGAUUCUGAUUAUUCAUGGAUUGGAGUUGAGAAGGCACUACCAAGGUGGAGAACUACAGAUAGAGAUGAGUUAGCUUGCUUUGUUUUGCGCAAAUCACUCAACCAUGUUGAGAAUUGUGACCUUCCCCCUCCACAAAAGUAUCUUAGAGGACAACCAUGUGCUGAUAUCUGUGAUAUCAAAAUAAGAACAUCGUCUUUUGACCAGGAAGCCAAAUCCUGUGCCUUUUCCAAUUUAAAAGUUCAAGCAAAGAGAAGUUUAGAAUCAGAAUUGAUGCAUAGGAUGCUUGUGCCUUCAACCAAUAAAGGGCAUUUAAAUUUUGAUUGGGACAAAUAUUCAAGAAGUUAUCCCAUCAUCCAUGGGGGUGUCACAGAACAAGUUUUUGAGGGAAAUCCCAACAAAGCUCAACUUAUGGAAGCAUUGUGUCAUUCCCAAACACGUGCAAGGAAAGCAGAGGAGGCAGCAAAACAGGCUUGUGCUGAAAAAGAGCACACAAUUGCACUCUUUUUCAUACAAGCUUCACAACUUUUUGCUUAUAAGCAAUGGUUUCAGCUGUUGCAGCUGGAAGCUCUUAACACUCAGGUUAAGAACAAGGAUCAACCAAUAUCUACUCUCUUCCCAUGGAUACGUAGGAAACCGGGCGAGACAAAGCUAAAAUUUGGCUAUGCCAUACAAGAGAUGCUUGGCAAGCCAGAAAGUGAAAUUGCAACAUAUGCUGUUGCAUUUGCUUUAGGAUUGAGUCUUGUUGGGGCUGGCUUGCUCUUAGGUUGGACUGUUGGUUGCAUGUUACCUAGUCCAUAGUUUUGUAGCAUUUAGAGUCAAGUCUUGCUUUGCAUGAAGAAUGGUAAACAAAGGAGGAAAUUGGUUCAAUUAGAGAAAGAAGAGAAAUUUGUUUUAUCAAAGGUGUAUGCAGUUUUGUAGAUUUUGUUAGUCUGUAAUGUACAUUCUGCAUUGUAUUUCCGAAAUGUAUACUAAGAAUUGUUUUGUACAUAAAUAUCUGUAUUUCUUUGAAUCUUUUCAAAUAUCCUCUAGGGAAUUGUUCUAAACCGGAGAAAGAAGAAUGCACAUUCUGCAUUGUAGUGUUAGGCCAAGUCUAAAUGAGGGCAAGUUUUUUCCCCUCCAUUUUUUAGUUCAACUUGCACAUUUUGUUGGGUUAAUUGAGCUAAUUGGUGGGGUUUAACCCACCACCUCUACU